AAGAAUAAGCCCUCAUCUAUCGAUCAAGCAGAUCGACCUUGAUAUGUUGUGAAAAUUGGUUUUCGGAAAGUGUCAAACCUAAUCGAUCAAAACAGAAACCAGUUAAAGAAUUAAUCAGAUCGAAGUAAGAAAGUGAUCGAUCGAUCGAUCUAGCAAAAAGCAAUUAGCUAGCUUGCUAGAGAUGAGUACAGGAGAUCAUGCAAAUAAGGAGGACAAUUUGCCACCAGGGUUUCGAUUUCAUCCAACAGAUGAGGAACUGAUUACGUAUUAUCUGAUGAACAAGAUAUCAGAUGCUACAUUCACAGGAAGGGCAAUCGCUGAUGUUGAUCUCAACAAAUGUGAACCAUGGGAACUUCCUGCAAAGGCGAAAAUGGGAGAGAAGGAGUGGUACUUCUUCAGCCUUCGAGAUCGGAAAUAUCCAACCGGAGUGAGAACAAACCGAGCCACAAACACUGGAUACUGGAAGACCACAGGAAAAGACAAAGAGAUCUUCAACAGUGCCACCUCUGAGCUGGUUGGGAUGAAGAAAACUCUAGUUUUCUAUAGAGGCCGAGCUCCCAGGGGAGAGAAAUCCAACUGGGUUAUGCACGAAUAUCGCAUUCAUUCCAAAUCCAGUUUUAGACCGUCUAAGGAUGAAUGGGUAGUAUGCCGAGUCUUCCAGAAGAGUGCUGGUGUUAAAAAGUACCCACCCUCAAACCAAUCAUCAUCUUCAUCAAGAGGAGCAAAUCCCUACAACAUGGAACUAAUGGGUCCGAGUGUUAACGUAGUUCAAUCACCCAUAAUGCAGCUUGGUCAUGAGCACCAGUUCCCAAACUACGGCAGAAGCUACAUGACCAACGCUGAGAUGGCAGAGCUUUCCAGGGUCCUGAGAGGUGGUGGCGUUGCUACUGGUUCAACCAGUAGCCCUAUGAACCUUCCCUUGCUGCAACCCCAGUUCAGCUACCCCAACCUUGGAGGAGGAGGCUUCACAAUUUCUGGGCUCAAUUUGAACCUUGGGGGCCCAUCAACUCAGUCUAACUUAAGGCCCAUGUCUGGAAUACAUCAAGCUCAUCAGGCAAUGAACAAUCAUCAAGAUGUUGCUAACUCUUCAAUGAUGACUAGUGCUGGUGGUGCUGUUGGUCAAGAUCAAGCUGGGUAUGGUAAUAUAGACAUGAACAAUGGAAAUGUGCCUGCCGGGAACAGAUACAUGAACAUGGUCGACCAGUGCGUCGAUCUCGAUCACUACUGGCCGUCGUAUUAGGGCGGUCUAAGAUUCUCGGAGAAUCCCAACAAUCGAGCAUAAGUUGGACAAGUUUGUUGCUAGUUAUUAUGUUCUUGUUAGACUCGAUAGAUAUGUUCGUAUUUCAAGGGCCUUGAUGGGGUAAAAUACCCAGCAAUUAUGGUCAUGUAUGAUCGUUUUCAUAGGGCAUUAUGAAUUGAGAGUUAAAUACUACACUGCGUUGGUAAUAGUGGUGUUUCAAUAA